AAAUGCAUCUAUAUUUCCAAUUCUCUUGUAGAAGAGAAACCCAUACCUUGAAUCAGUCUACCUUGCUACCCUUAUAAAUACAGGUACUUCUAACACUUGUAACCUACAACAUAACACACAGCAAACUGAUUGAUAAACACAAUACCCAAACACAAUGGCUUCGCGUGCCUUCAGUUUCUCUUUUCUGCUUGUGCAACUGCUUCUGGUUGCAAUCCUGAUCCUUUUAGGUUCUCCUGCCCAAGUCGCAGCUGAGGCGAAACUAUCAUCACGCAAGGCAUUAACAAAACAGCCCAAAGUCCAAUCCUCAUUGGCUCCUACACCUACAUCUUCCUGUGAACCCCCGUCUAAUACUCCUUUUCCACCAAUGACACCAUCCUCCUUCAAUCCUUCUCCACCAGACUUCCCUUUUACCCCAGAAUAUCCCUCCCCACCUUAUUCUCCUUCCCCACCUGAGACUCCUUUCCCUCCGAAAUUUCCCUCCCCACCUCAAAAUCCAUCCCCACCUUACUCUCCUUUCCCUCCAGAAUUUCCUUCCCCACCUAACUCUCCUUUCCCUCCAGAAUUUCCUUCCCCGCCUUACUCUCCUUUCCCUCCAGAAUUUCCUACCCCGCCUUACUCUCCUUUACCUCCAGAAUUUCCUUCCCCGCCUUACUCUCCUUUCCCUCCGGAAUUUCCUUCCCCACCUUACUCUCCUUUUCCUCCAGAAUUUCCGUUCCCCCCAGAAACUAGUUCCUCAUCCCUAAGCAGGGAAAAGAAGCAAACACCAGCUCAAAAAACCCAGAUUAAACCUCCAGCCAAAAAUGGAAACUAAUAUGCCUGGCCUUAAUAUAUGAAGACAACCUAAGGGGAAUAGCAGGGUAUACAGCAUAAAGAUACUAUCAAUUAGUAGCAUACAUUAAUAUAUAGCCAGCUUACUAAAGUUGGAAUAUUCUCCAAGUAUAUGCUUAGUAAAGAACUCGAGAGUUUAUGUAAAACCAGUCAGUGCAGAUGUGUGGUGACUCCCUCCCUCUUAACUUUUGUACUGAAAUUUGCAUACUAUAUAUCAAGUAUAUCUUUAUAUAGCAUUGGAAUUACUAAAUUCGUUUUGCUUAAUCACAUUUACAAGUAGUUUUCUUGUUCAAGCAUGGUGUUAUUGAAAUUAAUGCGUGUGAGGAAAUUUAUGGCACCAGAAACAUGCUAAAAGGUAUACAACUAACACAAACAUGCAAUAAUCACUAAAGCUGAAAAAGGUCAGCAAUACAAAAUUCUGAAAAUUAUAUAUACAGACUUGCUCAUUCAGAGAACCAACAGAGUGACUAAAGCUUACUUAACUACGUUGUGGAUAUGCAUAUGCUACCAGCUACAAUCGUGAGAGACUUGAAAUAAGCAGCAGAAAAUAUCAGAGUAAUCCCCCUUCUUAACUCAGAACUUUUGUUCUUGUUGAGCCCACAUAACUGAUAAUCAGAACACGAUUCUAAACAGAUAAAACCAUAGGUUUAGCUCUAAAAGCAGAUAGUUAAAGGCCUAUUUUAUGAUUUGUUUCUCUAAUAAAAUAAACUAUAAUAUUGUGUAUGAUUUGUUUCUUAACGUCAGCCAAUUGACUUUGGAGCUCAGCUUGCAGUAGGAUUUAUUCCAGUCCAUCCAAAACAAGAAUUUAUGAAGGAAUUAUAUAAUUUACCUUUCAUCAGUACUCAUCUCAACCACCUAGGAAGCCUAAUGAACAAGUCAAGUUAAAAAAAAAAAAACAAAAUUCUAUGUCAAACUCAUAACUCUCACCAGUUUGAUGGGAAUGCUGACCCUCUUCUAACACCAAAUGGGGAAACUCGGAAAGUACAGCUAAAAAUUAGUUUGUAAUAUGUAAGACCAUUGAUUUGUUGUUGGGAGCAGAGUGCAGACCAAUUCAAUAACCCCAAGCAUGCAAGAUAGAAAAGCAAUAUACAUGCUCAAAAAGGAAAAUAAACAGAAGCUUUGCUCUAUUUGACUUUUUUUUAUUUGAGUUUAUGGUAUUUGAGCUUAACCAAACUUAUAUUCUGAACUUAUUUUCCCUAUAACAGAAUUCAGUGCAGCAGAAAUUUCUUUUGGGUGUCAUAACUUAAGUUCAUUGUAAUAAAACUUAAUUUGUCUGAACUUAACUCAUUUAAACUUAUCUAAGUUGAACAGAACAAGGUCCGGAUGUAACUCUCAGUUCAGAAAAGGUCGA